AUGGAAUCCACACCUUCAGCCAUGCUGAAGCUACUUGUGCCCAAAGUGCCGUUUAUUCUGAAAACUGCACUCUGGCACACCAUCGGUCAAUCCGCCACAUCUUCAAAAUGGGAUCUCCGAACUGAACUCACAAUCAACAUACUCCGGGAUAUGAUCGGGCCCAAUUCCGAGCCAACCCCAAUUUCGAAAGUCCAGCGCCUAACCACGAAAGACCCGGGAAUCAAAGGAAAUGUCUGGGUCAGCAAGGUUAAACUGGACGUACCUAAAGAGGACGAUGUUCGGCAAUUGGUCUUCAAAACGAUCGAGGACAUGGGCACCGGGAACGAGCAUUGGACCAAACCUGAGACUAGACCACUGGAAGCAGAAUGGAACGGUUACCGCGCUGAUGCUCCGGACCCCAAAGCUCCCCAACCCACGGAUCGGGACGAGAAGCAAGAAUACGCCAACCUUAUGAAAGAAGUCACCUCCAAAGUCACACUGCUUUACUUCCAUGGCGGCGCAAUGUAUCUCCUUGAUCCGGCUACCUACCGCGCGACAACCUCUCGCGUGGCCAAGGAAACAAGAGGCCGCGUCUUCAAUGUACGAUACCGACUGAGUCCUCAAAACCCUUUCCCAGCAGCGCUCCUCGACUGCUUUACCGCAUACCUCUCGCUCCUGCACCCACCACCAGGCGCGCCUCAUGCCGCCGUUCCAGCAAACGAGAUCGUAUUCGGUGGCGACAGCGCAGGUGGUACGUGCUGCACCGCACUGCUACAACUAAUUCUGCAGAUCCACCGAUCCAGCCCCGGCCGCAUCCCCACCGUACGUUUCCACGGCAAAGACGUCGAGAUUCCGCUCCCAGCUGGCCUAGCCCUGACGUCGCCCUGGCUCGAUAUCACGCGCGGACUACCCAGCAUCGAGGGACUGGUGCAGUACGACUACCUACCCACCCCAUCGCAGACCGACAAGCGCGAGUUUCCUCCAUGUGACAUCUGGCCUGCGAGUCCACCGCGCGCGGACUUCUACUGCGAAAGCAGCGCGCUGCGCCAUCCGCUUGUGUCUCCGCUCGCGGCAAAAGACUGGAGUAGUAGUCCGCCGCUGUUCUUCAGUCUGGGUCAAGAGAUGCUGAGAGAUGAGGACGCGGUACUCGCGCAGAAGGCGGUAAAGCAGGGGGUCAAGGUCGUGUGGAGGGAGUUCGAGGCCAUGCCGCAUUGUUUUGCUAUGUUGUUGGAGAACAACAACGGAACGCCAGUGCAUUAUGCAGAGUAUGGCAAGUUCUGCCGCGAAGUUGUAGAAGGCAAAGCUAUCGAGACCAAUGGGGAGUUUAUCGCGGCGAAGACGCUAAAGAGGAGUGAGGUGGAUGUUGGAACCGGCUUGACGGAAUUGACCGACAGUGAGGUCGAGACUUACAUGAAGAAAGGACAGGAGAGAAUCGAGGCUAAGUUCAGGAGGGGGCAGGAUCCUAGCAAUGAGGCGAGACCGAUGUUAUAG